GUCCGCUGCGCCCGCUCCACCAACAGGACGCUGGCUUCCAGCUGUUGGUCCUGAUCAAAAUCCACCGACGACCCAAAUCGGGAGCAAAGGUCACGGGGAUCUGCUCCCAAUGACAUUAAGUGAGAUCAGGUGUUGAUGCCUGAAGACCCACAGUCGACAAACCACAUCCCAGUUGUUGGAACAGAGGUAAAGAGAUGGACGUAAACUGGGCUGUGACCCUCCUGCUGUUUGGGAUGGUCUGUGGUUCAUCACAAGGGCAUUGGCAGUGGACACCUUGGUUUAAUAUCGACCAUCCCGGUGGGAGUGGAGACCUCGAGCGACUUGAUGCCAUCCAGAGACACUACCCAAACAAACUCUGCGCGUCACCGGUCGGCGUUGAAGCUCGCACGACGCAAGGUAUACCGGCCACACUAACGGGGGAGACGUUUCACCUCAGCCCCCAGCACGGGUUCUGGUGUUUCAACACAGAGCAACCUUCGGGGAAACACUGCUCGAAUUACGCCGUGAGGUUCCGGUGUCCCAGAGGACCCGGUUCGACCGUGGCCGUGGGUUCCUGGUCCUCGUGGUCAGAGUGGGGACCCUGCAGCGGGGGCUGUGAGCAGACCGGAGUGCAGUCACGGAGACGGAGCUGCUCCGCAGCACAGCCUGAGGACUGCCCCGGUCCUCUGCAGGAAGGGCGGAUGUGUACAGGACCACCCUGCGCAGUGACUCCCUCAACUUCCCCGAGGCUGCUCAACGUUCCAGUGAAGAGCAGUGGACAGCGGCAGACUGCUGAUUGUGAGCUAAGUUGCACCAUGGGCCGUGUGGAUGCAGCCUGCACCCAGUGUAUAUGUGAAGACUACCUGCUGUAUGGUUCAGUGCGUCUCCAGGACGGUGCUCCAGCCUCCAAGGCAACUGUCCACCUGCGGGGAAGGUCCGACACACCACUGGCAGUCUGUGAUGACAACGGCAAGUUCAGGAUUCCUGGCCUCUGUCCCGAUGGAAACACUGCUGUGGAGAUUAGAAAACCCCGUUAUGGAAUUGCUGUUGUCACACUGAGCAAAAGCACCAGCAAAGUCUCCAACAUUGACAUAAAGCUCAGGAGAUCUGAGAAGCCUUUCAUCAGGACACAGCCCCAGAGCAAGGUCAGGCGUGAGGGACAAGGUGUCACCUUUUGCUGCCAGGUUGUGUGUGAUCCACCUGCUAACAAGUACUCCUGGUAUCACAAUGGUUCGUUGCUGGAUGUGACAACAGCGGGAUCUGGCAGUGUGCUUGCGUUACACCAGCUACAACCUCAACAUGCUGGGCAGUACAUGUGUCGUGCCAGCAACUCCAUGGGCUCCAUUAAAUCCCAGCCAGCCACACUCACCGUGACAGCACUGACUGCUCCUUCAUGUAACCCGACCCCUCAGGGCUACUUAAUUCGACUCCCUUCUGACUGUUACCAGAACCAGAGUCAGUCCUUUCACUACGAUGUGGGGAGAUGUCCUGCAACAGCGUGCGCUGGGGGCGAGGAACCAGAGGGGGUGUGCAAAGAUGCAACAAGGUAUUGCUGUGGAGCGGUGAAGUUAGAGGACAGGACCAUUUCCUGCUCCAGGUACACACUCCCCGUCAGGGUGGUGACCAGAUGUGGAUGCCAGAGGUGCACUGACACCAAAGCAACUGUCCGUGGCCGUGCAGUGGCUGCUGAUAACGGGGAACCCAUGCGAUUUGGACAGAUCUUCAUGGGGGGGAAGAAAAUCAGCAUAACUGGGUACAAAGGCACCUUCUCGCUGGUGGUCCCAGCCAACACCGAUCGGCUGGUCCUCAUCUUUGUGGACCGCCAUCAGAAGUUUGUGAAUACCACAAAGGUACUGCCCUUUAACAGGAAAGGAGGUGCUGUGUUUCACGAGAUCAGGCUUGUAAGGAAGAGACCAGCAAUGACAUUGGAUUGUUCCGUCAGCAACACCAUCAGCCUGGGUGCAAAAGAAAACCAAAACCCAGUGGCUGAGCUGGAGAUCCCAGCCAACUCCUUCUACAGACAGAACGGGGAACCAUACAGGGGGCUGGUGAAAGCCAGCAUCACCUUCCUGGAUCCCAGAGAUAUCUCAUUAGCCUCAGCAGCACAAAGUGACCUCAACUUUGUUAGUGAAGAAGGGGACAUUCUACCCUUGAGAACCUAUGGCAUGUUUUCUCUGGAUUUCACAGACGAGGCAGCAGUGAACAGUCUCAGUGCAGGGCAGGUGAGGGUAUUUUUGGACACAGCCCAAGUCAAUAUGCCAGCACACCUGGAACAGAUGAAGCUGUGGUCACUCAAUCCCAGAACUGGCUUCUGGGAAGAAGAAGGGGACUUCACUUUUGCUCCAAGCCGUCGAGGUAAACGUGAAGAGCGAACUUUCCUGGUGGGUAACAUGGAGAUUCGGGAGAGGAGGCUCUUUAACCUGGAUGUGCCAGAAAGCAGGAGGUGCUAUGUGAAAGUCCGAUCCUUCCGAGGUGAUCGCUUUAUGUCUGGAGAUCAGUUAGAGGGAGUAGUUGUAUCGCUCAUUAACCUGGAACCAGCGCCAGGAUUUAGCGCCAAUCCGCGGGCCUGGGGCCGUUUUGACAGUGUGAUCACUGGUUCCAAUGGUGCCUGUGUGCCGGCUUUCUGCGAUGAGCGGCAGCCCCACGCGUACUCUGCCUAUGUGAUGGCAACUCUCGGGGGAGAGGAGCUCGAGGCUGUGGCUUCCUCCCACACUCUGAAUUCCAACAUUGGUGUACAGCAGCCCUACCUGCAGAAGCUGCAGUACCGGCGGUCAGACCACCAGGACCCCAGGGCCAAGCGGACAGCUUUCAGUAUCAAUGUGGCCAAGCCCAACCCCAACUCAGCAGAGGAGGUGAACGGUCCCGUUUACCCCUACGAGAAACUGAGAGAGUGUGAAGAGGCUCCCUUUAGUGCUGGCCAUUUCCGCUUUUACAGAGUGGAGGGUGACAGAUAUGACUACAACACUGUAGCCUUCAAUGACGACGACCCAAUGAGUUGGACAGAAGACUAUCUCGCAUGGUGGCCACGGCCACUGGAGUUCCGAGCUUGUUACAUCAAGCUGAAGCUCAUUGGAACACAAGAAAUCACCGUGAGGUCUCGAAACCUGGGAGGAACUCACCCUCGGACAGUGGGGCAGUUGUACGGCCUCCGUGAUGUCCGGAGCACUCGUGAUGUGAACCAGCCUGGUGUAUCUGCUGUCUGUCUGGAGUUCAAAUGCAGUGGCACACUCUAUGACCAAGAGCGUGUUGACCGUACACUAGUGAAGGUCAUCCCACAAGGUCACUGCCACAUGGAAAGUGUGAACAAUAUGUUACGGGAAUAUUUGGUCAACCAUCUGCCUCUAGCUGUUAACAAUGACACCAGUGAGUUCACCAUGCUGGCUCCACUCGAUCCUCUGGGCCACAAUUAUGGCAUCUACACAGUAACUGACCAGGAUCCAGCCACAGCCAAGGAAAUAGCACUGGGGAGAUGUUUUGAUGGAAGCUCAGACAGUGUCUCCAGAGUCAUGAAGUCUAAUGUGGGUAUUGCACUGACCUUUAACUGUGAGGACAAGCCAGUGAGUCAGCAGAACAUCUUCCAGAGCCUGCAGACCUUCCCAGGACAGCCACCUGUGUAUAAUCAAAGGAUGGGAAGAGGGAAGAGAGGUCGGGGACAGGGAGUUAAACUGUGGGGCCUUCGCCUGUUUAAUAAAUCGAGACAACCGAGACAGGCACCAAGAGUGAAGGCAGGAGAACCUGUUGUUCAGUGAAUGUGGAUUAAACCAGUGCUUUGCUCCAAACUAUGUAGUUUCAAAAACUUGUAACAAGGUCAAGUCUUCCAUAGGGAGGAAAUGUUCCGAAUUCUGAACUGUGAUAUCAGUUCUCCAUUCUAUUUAUUUCUGGUAGUGUUUCAAAACAGUGCUUUCCAGUUUACACCAUAUACAAUGUGUUUGAGUAAACUGGGAUUUAAACUGGCAGUAAAUACCUUUCCCUUGAUGUGCCAGCUUGAACUUACUUCAACCUUUGAUAUAAUUAUUCUGCUUGUAGUUAGUAUUAUGGAAUACCAGAUGUUUGUAAAAUAAAUAGCUCAAGUUUUACAUCUACAUUGUUCUUCUGCUAAAUAUGAUUGCACUGGCGAUAAUCCUUAACGCUGCAGGACUACAGUGCUGGAGGGGUUAGAUGAGUUGGGGAUAGUUUUCCUUCCAGCAAAAAUAAACUAAAGGAAGACAUUUGAAUUCAUGUGCAGCUUGAUGCUGUAAGGAGAAACACUUUCCAUUGAGCUAGGAACAAACUUACCAAACUUUGUCCUUUGCCAUUUACAACAAGACAGACUGGAAUCCUUGCCCAACUAAACUUUACACAGGUUGGGUGUUGCAGCUUCCAGAAACACCAUCACUGUUCAUUAUUCUAGUUUCAAAUCACUUAACUCAGCCAAGUCAGGGAUAGGUUAUCAUGUACAAACAUCCCUCAGAGUAUGGGUCAGCUGGCAAGUCUACUCCUCUGACUGUGGUUCCAAUGUUCACUCUUUAUCAUCAGUGGUGUGGGGGUGUGAUCAGUCAGUAAUCAGCCUGCGCAGUAUACCUUGUCACAUAGGCAGCUUCAUUGGCAGUCUACUCCCCUGCAAACAGAUCCCACACUCCUUCACCAUCUGGAAGUCAGGAGGAUAAUGACAAGGUGUAGGAGAGGCCACAGUAAGAUCACAAACUGUUCUGUGCUGCAUGGGAUUUUUCCAGACCAAGAUGGCAAUUUAAGAAAGUGA